UCACACAGGGAAAAAAAUGUAUUCAUGUGAAAUUUGUGAUAAAACUUUAAGUGAUAGAAGUAAUUUAAUUAGACAUAAGCGAAUUCAUACUGGAGAAAAACCAUUUACAUGUGAAGUUUGUGAAAAGAAAUUCACUCAGAAGAGCGAUUUGAUUAAACAUAAACGAACACAUACUGGAGAAAAACCAUUUAAUUGUGAAGUUUGUAGUAAAAAAUUUACUUGGAAAACAGAUUUAAUAACACAUAAGCGAACGCAUACUGGAGAAAAACCUUUUAAAUGUGAAGUUUGUGAUCAAAAAUUUUCCCAGACACAAUAUUUAAACAGACAUCUAAGAACACACACUGGGGAAAAACCAUUUGUAUGUGAAGUUUGUGAUAAAAAACACGACGGUUUAUUUCCUUGUGAUAUUUGUAAUAAGACAUUUAAUCAGCAUUAUAGUUUAACUAGACAUAAAAAAAUUCACACUAUAGAAAAACCAUUUACAUGUGAAGUUUGUGACAAAAAAUUUUCCCAGUUACAACAUUUGGAUACACAUAAGCGAUUUCAUACUGGAGAAAAACCAUUUACAUGUGAAGUUUGUAAUAAAAAAUUUAUUCAGAAAUGUGAUUUAAAUAGACAUAAACGAACGCAUACUGGAGAAAAACCAUUUACAUGUGAAGUUUGUGGUAAGAAAUUUACUCAAACAAGCAGUUUAAUUAAUCAUAAACGAAUGCACACUGGAGAAAAACCCUUUACAUGUGAAGUUUGUGAUAAGAAAUUUUCUCACAAAUGCUAUUUAACUACACAUAAGCGAACACAUACUGGAGAGAAACCAUUUAUAUGUGAAGUUUGUGACAAAACAUUUUUCCAGAAACAACAUUUAAACUCACAUCUAAAAACACAUACUGGAGAAAAACCAUUUACAUGUGAAGUUUGUGAUAAGAAAUUUACUCAUAAAAAUAAUUUAAUUCGACAUAAACGCAUUCAUACUGAAGAAAAAACUGUCUCAUCUGAAGUGAUCAAAUUUUAACAUCAUUUUGCCGCCAACUUACUCACGGUGCUGAGUUUACUUUGGGCUACGUUAAACAGGAAGGAACGCCUGUUAGGAACGAAAUUCCUUACGAAACCUGUACAAAAACAAAUGUAAACGUUAAAUAAAUUUUUAUAUACAA